ACCGAAUCGCUGUGAGGGGAAGUGUCGUCGAUCCCCGUAAACAACUACUUUUUUCGAAGUUCUCUUUACAUACAGUUUUUGUUUUAAAGUUUUUAGAAAGUUUUUGUGCGUUGAGUCUUUUGUUCCGUCGAACUUAAAAAGUACAUGACUACUUUCGGCGGAAUAGUUUAAGUUAACAAGUUUAGUGAAUUUUUUGUUAUUGUUGAUUUUUUUUGUUUGGUGAAUCGUGUCGAUUCGGAGACCGGCGGCCCCACGAGGCACCAAACCUGGACUUACGAUUAACGGACCUCUGAGGACAAAAGCCUUCAGGGCGUGUAGUUGUGGUGGUCAGUGCGAGCGGUCCCCGCUCCAACCGUCAAGCUGGCUGCGAGUGCACUGAGCAUGAACCCGCACUACCACGGGUACGCGGAGCUAAGCUCGCCCCACCCGCCCUCUCCCGAAGCGGCCUACGCGAACGGCCACGACUACCCCCACAACAACAACAACCCCGCUCUCAAAGAAUGCGCCGGCUGCGGCGGCAAGAUCGUCGAAAGGUUCCUUCUCCACGCACUCGACAGAUACUGGCACCACGGCUGUCUAAAGUGCGCGUGCUGCGCGCAGGCUCUCGCGGACAUGGGCAGAUCGUUCUACUUCAAAUCGGGAAUGAUUUUAUGCAAAAGCGACUACACGAGAAUGUUCGGUGCGGGCGGCGCAUGCGCAGCGUGCGGGCAGGCGAUCCCCGCGAGCGAAUUCGUGAUGCGGACGAACGCGCCGCAGCAGCCUCUACAUGUCUUCCACAUAAAAUGUUUCGCGUGUUCUAAAUGCGGAUCACACCUAAUGCAGGGUGAUAGGUACUACAUGCUAGCCGGUUCCCUAGUCUGCGAGCAGGACUGGCAGAAGCUAAUGAAGAGUGCGAACGCCGCUCCCGGCGCGCCGGUGCGCAAGGGCAAGGUGGGCCGUCCGCGGCGGUCGCGGGAAUGAGCGCCCGCGCCUGCGCAACACUCGCACAGAGACUUUGAAGAGAUGAUGGCCUGCUCAUACUUGAGCGCAACGAGUGUCAAACCUGAUGCGACAGCGAGCUGCUGGAACCCCCCGUACGCAGGACAGCCGCCGAGUCACACCUUCAGGCCCGCUCCAGAGACUUCCAGCAAUACAAUGGAACCAGCGCUCGACCUGACCACGUCUCUCAAGCCUCGCAAAGCAAGCGACGACGACUCUGAGUGACAGUGUUGUGCAAAGACUAAAGAACUGCAGUCGACGUCACUCGCUAUCACGCGACGACUCGACUCGUUAAUAUAUAAUUCAUAGUCAAACCUUGAUGUGAAUGUUACUAUGGCAUCCCUUUAAUUUCGUCGAGUGUAGUACCAUUCACAUUCGUGUUGAAUAUGGCGGUUGUACUGGUAUUUAAUUUUGGUUGUGAAAUCGCAAUUUAUGUAAAAUUUACUCUGCUCUAUAAAUCAUUCGAUUCUCUUACUUAGAAUCUUAAGGAAUGUGUUAAACACAAGCGUGUUGUUUGUAUUUAAAGUGAUAAUAAUGAAAAUGAAAUUGCAUAUCGUAAAAUAGCAGUUACAUGGAGCUACGCUUGUUGUGUAUCUUGUCAUUUUGUACCCAAUCCUACUGUGGAAUUUAUGUUGUAUUAACGAAAUAAUUUUAAUAUUAAAUAAAUUAUUUUAUAUUAUUAUUAUAUGGAAUUUACUAUAAAUGAACAAGACUAUUCUUCCGUUGCAAUUAAUUUCGAUGAAAUGCAUGUUUUGUAAUAUUAGACAAUGACGGUUUUUGUUAAUUCUUGCCAGUGAGAGUACCUUUUGUAUUUUAAUUCUUUAUACGCAUCUCUGUGAUUUCCAAUCUUACUAUGUAAAUAUUUCUCGAAUAAAUUUGUUAUUUCGUUUUUAAUUGACGAGCUGUUACUUAAACUUCGAAUAGCGUCUUAUAAAAGUAAAUUUGUACAUACUAGCAUAAACGUUUUAGACUUAAGUAGACACAUCUUGUACCUUCUAAGACGCAAAAUUGGUAGCAAUAAUGGGAAUGCCAACAUCAAUGAAAUUUAACUCGAGUUACUCAUGUUCUCUGUGUAUAUAGACCUAUAUACUACAAUUUACUAUUAUAUUCGUUGAUAAAAUCAAAUUUUAAAGUAUUUACAAUAUCGUAUAUGUAAUAUUAAACGCUAACAUUUAUUGGGUACAUGAUUAAAAAAUCGAGCAUGUUUCAUAUUUAAAAUUUAGUACAUCAAGAAAUACAAGUAACUAUUUGUAUACAGGAGAAGUGCAAAGUUUAUAGGAUCAUUUAUGAUUAAAUUGUACAUUUGCAUGGAUUCGUAAAUAAUGUUAGCGUUUAGUGACUCUUGCCAUUUAUUUAACAUUUACUUGGUGGUCUCCGAAAUAUCUUCUUGUUGUAAAGCUAAGAAUAAACAUAUAUACACGUAGACAAUUACCGUGUUACCAGUUUAACAUUUAUCUAUACAGAAAGAACUUACAUCUAGCCUAAGUUAUGGCGACAGGAGAAAUUAAAUUUUGUAAAUUAA